AUGGCUCGCCAUACCGUCCUAGCCACACUGGCUCCAGUCCCCUCCGACGAGAUCUUCGAUUUGAACCGUGCCUAUGCUCGUGACACUUUCCCUCAGAAGGUGAGCCUUGGAGUCGGCGUGUAUCGCACCGAUGAGGGCAAGCCUUGGCCUCUCCCCGUUGUGGAGAAGGUGGAAAAGAAGCUGCUCGAGGAGAACGACCCCUCCCGCCACGAGUACACGGCCAUCGAGGGCGACAUCCCAUUCCUGGAGCUGGCGCGGGACUUGAUGUUCGGAUUCGACGGCAAGAAUGCGUCUGCCGAGCAGGAGGAGGCGAAGAAGCGCAUUGCAUCGGUGCAAGCCGUGGCGGGCACUGGCGCGAACCAUCUCGGGGGUCUUUUCCUGGCGACUCACAUGAAACCCAAGAAUGUGUGGCUCUCCGACCCCUCUUGGGCCAACCAUAUGACUCUCUGGGAGAUGGCUGGGGUCCCGCGCAAGACCUAUCCCUACUACGAGCCCAAGACCCGCUCGCUCGACUUCACCGGCAUGAUGGCGACCCUCGAGGCGGAGGCGCAGGAGGGCGAUGUGGUGCUCCUGCAUGCGUGCGCUCACAACCCAACCGGCCUGGACCCUACAAAGGAGCAGUGGAUGGAGAUCGCGGACCUGUGCGAGCGCAAGCAGCUGUUCCCCUUCUUCGACUCGGCUUACCAGGGCUUCGCUUCCGGCUCCGUCGUCGAGGACGCCUGGGCAGUGCGCUACUUCUUCCAGCACAAGCCUCACAUGGAGAUGUGUGUCGCCCAGAGCUUCUCCAAGAACUUUGGGCUCUACGGCCAGCGCGUCGGCGCCUUCCACUACGUCACCACCGUCGCGGGCGUCGACAUCAGAGACACCGUCGUCAACAACCUCUGCCACCUGAUCCGCGGCGAGUUUUCCAUGGGCCCCCGCGGCGGCUGCAGCAUCGUCAAGAAGGUGCUCACCAGUGAUGAGCUGACCGCCGAGUGGUACGAGGACCUGAAAGUGAUGAGCUCCCGCAUCAAGGCGAUGCGCCAGGCCCUAUACAAGGAGCUGGUCAAGCUGCAGACCCCUGGUACUUGGGAGCACAUUGUCAACCAGAAUGGAAUGUUCUCUUAUACCGGUCUGACCCCCGCCCAAGUCACUGCCCUGAAGGAGAAGUACCACGUCUACCUCCUUCAGUCUGGCAGAGCAUCCAUCAGUGGCUUGAGUGAGAAGAACGUCGCCUACGUGGCUCAGGCCAUCGACGACGUCGUCCGCAACGUUAACUAA